AGCGGGGCCGGGCCGGGCCGGGCAGGCGCCGGCGGCGGCGGCGGCAGCAGCGCGGAGAGCUUUGCAGCCCUGGUCCCCAGCCUGACAUGGCACCUGGGAAGCCCGGGAAGAGCACGGGGGCCUCAGAGGACCCCUCGGUUACACUUUUCCGGGAGUACCUGAGGAUCGACACUGUCCACCCCAAACCUGACUAUGAUGCUGCUGUCCGGUUUCUGGAGCGCGUCGGCACCGACCUGGGCUUGGCCUGCCAGAAAGUGGAGGUGUGCCAGGGCCGUGUGGUGCUGAUCCUGACCUGGCAGGGCACGAACCCCCGCCUGCGCUCCAUCCUCCUCAACUCCCACACCGACGUCGUGCCUGUCUUUGAGGAGCACUGGACCUACCCACCUUUUGAGGCUGUUAAGGACUCACAAGGCAACAUCUACGCCCGGGGUGCCCAGGACAUGAAGUGUGUCUCCAUCCAGUACCUUGAGGCCAUCCGGAGGCUGAAGGCAGAGGGAAAGUGUUUUGCCCGCACCAUCCACCUCACCUUUGUGCCUGAUGAGGAGGUGGGCGGACACAAGGGCAUGGAGAUGUUCGUGCAGCGUCCCGAGUUCAGAGCGCUCAACGUGGGCUUCGCCCUGGACGAGGGCCUGGCCAGCCCGUCUGACACAUUCAGCGUCUUCUAUGGCGAGAAGAGCCCAUGGUGGAUAAAGGUGAAGUGCGUGGGUAGCCCUGGGCAUGGGUCCCGCUUCAUCAGCAACACGGCGGCCGAGAAGAUGCACAAAGUCAUCACCUCCUUCCUGGCCUUCAGGGAGAGCGAGAAGCAGAGGCUCAAGUCCGACUCAAGCCUGACUCUAGGGGACGUCACCUCGCUCAACCUGACCAUGCUGGAGGGGGGCGUCUCCUUCAACGUGGUGCCUUCCGAGAUGGCGGCCGGCUUCGACAUCCGCAUCCCACCCACCGUGGACCUGAAGGCCUUCGAGGAGCAGGUGGCUGCGUGGUGCCGUGGUGCCGGGGACGGCGUCACCUAUGAGUUUCACCAGAAAUGCAUGGACCAACAUGUCACCUCCACCGAGGAGUCAGACCCGUGGUGGAAAGCCUUCAGCGGGGUCUGCAGGGACAUGAAGCUGCAGCUCAAGCUCGAGAUCUUCCCGGCUGCCACCGACAGUCGCUACAUCCGAGCGGCAGGACACCCCGCUAUCGGCUUCUCGCCCAUGAACCGUACCCCGGUGCUGCUCCACGACCACAACGAGUUCCUCAACGAGCAAGUCUUCCUGCGGGGCGUCGACAUCUACGCCCGCCUCCUGCCCGCCCUGGCAUCGGUGCCCCCGCUGCCUGCUGAGGGCUGAGCGCCGCGGCGAGGGGCAGGACGGGGGGUGCUAAGCAGCGGGACGCGAGGCUUUAAAAAGGGGGCAGAGGGUGGGUGCAGCAAAUGCCUGCUGGGGACCCAGCUGACAUCGUGCCAGGUUGGUUGUGCUCAGUGUCCCGUGUGUUGGCUGUGCCGAGUGUCCUGGCUGUGCCCUCGAAAUCUGGGUCCUAGCCACCCCCCUGGGGGUUGCGUCCCCCUUGCCCGGGUGCCAGCAGAGCCUUUCAUGGUGCCGGUGGUGCUUCCCCUGUCCCUGUGCCACCUCUGGCUGUGCUGGCUGUGGGGUAAGGGGCUGGCCGGUGCCCCGCUCUGCCUGCCUGUGCCUCAUCCUGCCUCCCUGCCCAGCCCUCCCCGCCUGCCGGGGGAGCUGGGACCAGUGCCGCCUGUCCUCCCUAUGCAAGUCAAUAAAUCUCCUUGGUAAGCAUG